UGACGCUCAGCUCACGUGUCCCAUGAUGCUGUCGCGUGCCCACCUCCUCCUCCUCUCCGCGGCCAGGGUUUUCCAGGCAGCACAGCAGCCGCCGCCGCAGCCCUUGCCUCGCAGUGCCAAGGCUGGGCGAAAGGAUCUGGGCGUUGCGUGCUCUCCAGCCAGUGGUCUCGCCAUGACGGCGUCCAUGAGGCAGCGGUUUGAUAAGUUUCUCCACGAGAAGAACUGCAUGACCAGCCUGCUGGAGAAAAUCGAGACCAAGACGGGGGUGAACCGAUCCUACAUCGCCAUCGCUAUCAUUGGCGUGCUGGCCGUGUACCUGGUGAUCGGCUAUGGAGCAUCUCUGCUGUGCAGCCUGAUCGGAUUUGCUUAUCCUGCCUACAUCUCAAUCAAGGCUAUUGAAAGCCCCAACAAAGAUGAUGAUACACAGUGGCUGACCUACUGGGUUGUGUAUGGCAUCUUCAGCAUAGCAGAAUUUUUCUCGGAUAUCUUUCUGUCCUGGUUCCCUUUCUACUACAUGCUGAAGUGUGGCUUUCUCCUGUGGUGCAUGGCUCCAAGCCCUUCCAAUGGAGCAGAGCUUCUCUACCACCGAAUUAUCCGCCCUUUGUUCUUGAAGCAUGAGGCUCAGUUGGACAGUGUUGUGAAGGAUCUGAAAGACAAAGCUGCAGAGACUGCAGAUGUCAUUACUAAAGAAGGUGAGACCAACCAAGAAAGCUACAGUGAACUUACUGGGUGAUGAGAAGAAGGGCAUUUAAACUGUUAGCAGGAUGAAGAAAGUUCCCCUGCCCUCCUCUCCCCCCACCUCCUUUAUACAGCUCGAUGUUACUGGGGACUGUGGUAUAAUAAUUUUAAUAAUAAUGUUGCCUUGGAAACAUUUUUGAUAUAUUAAAGGAACGUGUUGUAAGUUUGCUUACUUUUAUGUUGUCUAUAUAGAAAGUAAGCACUUCUAUUUAAAUGCAGUGCAAUGGGCAGCAUCUAAAGCUUAUUGAAAACUUAUCUUAUUCAUCUCCAUGCAGAGGAAAGACCUUUCAGUAGUGUCUCACUCUGCCGUGAACACAAACUCAAAUAAAAUUAUAUCUGUAUCCCACAGGCUCUGCACCUCAGUUUGUUUCUUUGUGCAUGCAUUCUCUGUAUUUACAGUUAACAUUUGACUGGUUCUUCCUGUAACGUAGCAUUUUUGUAUGCAAAAGUAAUGCGUUCUACUUGGAUUUUCAUGCAUACGUUUGCAUAUACAGGAAAUAAUCUAUCAGAGGGAAGUGGCUUAAUACAUGUAUUCCCCACGAGUGAAGCCAACCGCACUAUGUACUUGGUCAUGGAGAUUCUAUAUUGUUGCAUGUACCACUUGUAACCUGCAGUAUUCAGUACAAAGUGUGUGUGUUUAAUAUUAAAUGGGUAGUUCUUAAACAUAGAAAAGAGCAGGUUAGUGCGAAUGAUCAGGGUUAUACUGGUGUGAAGUUAUUUGCCAGAAAUGGAUGCAUUGAACGGCUGGUGCAAACUGACUAAAGCAUAACCCCUGACUUGUUUGUUAAAUGUAAUUGGCAUGUGAAAUGAUUCAGGAAUGGAGUGCCUUACAAAUUACACUCAGAGAAGCAGAAAGCAACUGUAAAAAAAAUCAGAUCUACUGCAGUGAUUUGUAGAAAUACCUGCUGAAGUCAGUUACAAUUUACAUUGUAAUCAUGGGGCUUGCCUUUUAUCUUGUUUUGUUCCCCUCAACCCCUUCCUCCAUGAGCUUUUUCUGCAUAUGCAAAAGGUGGUGUCUGCUCUGGCUACAUAAGGAGAUGUGGGUCUUCCCCCUAUUACCCACUACAUCAGAGCCUAUGAGAUGCAUGGGCAUCAAAAAACCUCUUACGGGGAAGAAGUAAAACAUAUAGGUUACUUAACUGGACAGGACGAGAGCAACACAAAUGUGACCAAAGCCUUAAAAAUAAUUCCUAUAAGUCAAAACACUCUGGCCCUUUACAAUCUGUGUUUGCAUUUACUGUUACUAUUUUAUUUGAAUUUUGAGAUGUAUUCACACUGUACACAAUUCUGUAGUUUUACAUCAUAUUCUUUUCCUUGGCAUUAUGCCCUGUGAGGUUUCCUUAGAGUUUGCUGGCUUUGCAUCAUUUUUUAAAUUAUUUUUCCAUAUUUAUAAUUGUGGUCCAGCCCAUGUACCUUAAGGAAAAUGCAUUCCAAUUCAUGUAGAGAAGCAAAUAAAAUCAGUGAAGGUUUCUAGUUUCCCACAAAAACACACUGAAUUAACCCAACAGGAAUCUCUCAAUGCACGAAACAAUACAAAAAUGUAAUAUAGCAGCUUCAGGGUUAUAUCUGAAAUAGGUUUUUAAAUCAAAGUUAGACUAAUGAAGAGGUAUCACAUAUGCCUUAGAGCAUAAUCUGUAAUCAAGAGAGCAAUUUAAAUAAAAUGGGAGGUAGUGAAAACUUGCUAAUUAGGGAUGGGGGUGACUUAGGUAUAUUUCCUCCCCUCCCCCAAAGGCCAGGUUUGCAUGCUGAACGGAGAACUUGAAAUAGCACAGCUUGCAAACAAGUAUACAUUGUGUAUGUUUGGCUAGUAAAACUCCCCCUUGCUUUGUGACCACUUUUUGGUACAAGCUGGCCUAAUGCAUAGAACAACAGAUAUUUAAGGUAACUUUGAAACUGAGCAAGGGGAAUAGUGCCACAAGCAGAUAUCCUCACUAACUGUGACCUACCCUUAAAUACCUGUUGGGUGCUGUUGUGGCAUUCUCUAUCUCCUUAGUCCUCUAGAAUUUGAAUGGGAAGGGAUAUUGGAACUUUCAGUUCAAACUGAGUUUCUUGUCCUAGUUUUAGGGAUGCCUCAGAGCAAAGGGGUGGGUGAAGGGUACUUAACUAUUCAAAGUGCUGUGAUCUUUCCACCUCUUCCCAUGCAAACAGGAAGUUUUCCUUUUGUCUCUAAGAGCCAUUGUGGACAAAGGAGGGGUACAGUGUGACUGCAGGUCACCUAAAGUUGGGAAGGUUGCCACUAAUUCCCACAAACUAUUUUAGAUGAUGAGGAAGGAGUCAAAACAGCCAUAAGCAUUGGAUAGCUAUGACACUGGUUAACUUACAGCACCCCUGCAGCUAACAAAAGUAUGAACAGCGCAGUAUAAACUGAGCCAAAACAGGAAUGGAAGUGCAAUAGUAACCUAAAAAACCUAGUAGUCAUCCUCUGGGUUUCACUUCUGCUAAGAAUUGCAAUGUAAAGGUAGUCUGAGGAAAAGCUUUAGCAUUGUCCUCAGUGCUACAUUUUAGUGAAGGUCCUAUUAAAAUGGAGUUAGUGGAAUUUUGGGGGGCCAUAACCCAUUUUAAUUUAUUUUAUGCACUUUAAAUCAGCGCUGCAUAAGCCUGUCAGCUUGUGGCACUAACAUUACUGCCAGUUUCCUUUUUAGAAGGAUGUUAAACCUAAAAAUUCUCAAAGUGUUUUAACAGGAGCAAUACCCAUGAAGCACGGUAUUCAGUAACUAAAAAGAACUAAGUCCUGUAUAAGUAAACAAAUGACUGCUUAUAGGGCCAUUAAAUACUGUCCCUAUUUUAAAGAGGUGGGAAACGAGAGGUUAGAGACUUUCCAAGGUCAGCCAGCCAUCCCUAGGGACACAACAUAACUUCCUGAUUGUCAACCCAGUUAAUUUUUAUUCUGAAGAAUCCCAUCUUUUAAACUUCACCUCAGAGGUGCAAUGCCCUUUUAGAGAGGUGUAAGGAGAAGUUUACUCUAGUAUUCUCAAAUAAGGUUCAGAACUGAAUAGUUAAAUGUUUUCUGUGUUUACAACAAAGCCCUCUUGAUCAGACAGUUGUUAACACUAUGUUUAGUGCAACACAGCCCUCAAGGUUGGUUGCUUUUUUUUUUUUUUUUAAACAGUUCUUUGUUCCAACUGAUUUACAGUUAGACAAAGUGGCUUGGUGCUGCUUGUCAAGCUGUGUGCAUUACUGCUAAUAAGUUGCUGUAUGGGAAAUUCAAACUGUACAAACUUAACAUUCUCUUAAAAUUGCUUUCGGGCUUGAUAUAUUUAAUCUUUAGGUGAGUGGGAAGAUUUUUGCAAAGGUAUGCAAAUUAAGAGGACCUUUUCACUCAUGUAGUCUUGGAAGGGAAGGAUUCCUGCAGCAACACAUUCUGUAUUUGCAAAUAACUCCUGUGGGCACUGGCCACUCAGUUCAGUGCCAUUCUGUAAGUCUUCUCACAGCAGCUGUUUGAAAAAUUAGUAUAUCUUAGCCAAUUUGUCUGUGCUGAAGAUGUAAUGUACUGAACAGAAAGAUAAUGUACUGAACAGAAAGAUAUAAAUAAAGAGCAGUCUCUUACAGUA